AUGUCCGGUGCACCAAGACAAGGCGGUCCAAGAAGAGGCCCAAGAAGAGGCAGAAGAGGUCAAGACGAUGAGAAGAGCUGGGUCCCAGUCACCAAGCUCGGAAGACUCGUGAAGGCCAAGAAAAUCACCUCUGUGGAGGAGAUCUACCUCCACUCCCUGCCAGUUAAGGAGUACCAAAUCAUUGAUGAGCUUGUUCCAGGUCUCCAGGACAAGGUCAUGAAGGUUCUGUCUGUUCAAAAGCAGACCAGAGCUGGUCAAAGAACCAGAAUGAAGGUCGUCGUUGUCGUUGGUGACUCCAACGGCCACGUUGGUCUUGGUAUCAAGGUCGCCAAGGAGUUGGCCACUGCCAUCAGAGGUGCCAUCAUCAUUGCCAAGCUGGCUCUGAUUCCAGUCAGAAGAGGUUACUGGGGCUCCAACCUUGGUGCUCCUCACUCUAUUGCCAACAAGUGUUCUGGUAAGUGUGGUUCCGUCAACGUCAGAUUGAUCCCUGCCCCAAGAGGUUCCGGUAUCGUUGCUUCUCCAGCCGUCAAGACCAUGUUGCAAUUUGCCGGUAUUGAGGACAUCUACACCACCUCCUCUGGUUCUACCAGAACUACUGAGAACACUUUGAAGGCUUGUUUCGCUGCCAUUGGUUCUACCUACGGUUUCUUGACUCCAAGCUUGUGGAAGGAGUUCGCUCUUACCGACUCUCCAUUGGACGUCUACGCCGACGAGGCUCUGGCUACCAAGAAGAGAUACUAA